GCAGUUCUAGCAGUUCUAGCAGUUGGAGGAGAAGCUUAAGCUCAAGCUGUAAUAGAACAUUGAAUUCCUCCUUCUCCUCCUCAUCAUCUUCAUCUUCAUCUUCCUCAACCCAUUUUACCAAAAACUAUACAACUCUGCCCAUGCCCAUACCACCCUCCUCCUCGCGAAUUGAUUGCUUGUUUAAGUCAUUGGGUAAAAGUCACAAGACAUUUAGUAUACCUUGCCGAUCUUUUACCUGUACACCUGCCACUUUCGUCUUGAUCAAUUCGCAACAUCAAUCUAAAGGAAGAUCCAGACCCCACCUCGACUCAUACCACCACCAACACCAACAACGCCAAAACCAUUCUCUUUCUUCCUCUUCUUCCUCUCUUUCUUGCCUUACUUAUUCCCAACGGCGUGCAAUUCCUCGAUUGCGUACAAAUAUACCUGCACAGGUAUACCCCAACUGUCGAUCCUUUUCUUCUUCUCCCAUAGUCUCUUGCGCGGCUAUCAUCCCCUCCUCCAUCAUGGCGGACCGAGACGUUCUUCCCCCCACCGUCACCCCCUCUCACUACAAUCUCUCCAUUUCCUCUUUGAACUUCAAAGACUGGUCUUUCCAAGGCAACGUCGACAUUGACAUUGCUAUCGCCGAACCUACCAAGGAGAUUGUCAUCAAUUCUAUUGAGCUCAAGUUACUCACUGCCAAGCUUAUAGCCGACCCCGCCAACCCAUCUUCGUCCGUAGAGACCACAAGCUUUAACUAUGACGAGAAGAAGCAGCGUGCUACCCUCGUCUUUGCUGACGAGAUCCCGGCCUCCAAGAAAGCAUCUCUCCAGAUCACCUUCCAAGGAAACUUGAACAAUGAUAUGGCCGGAUUUUACCGGAGCAAGUAUAAGCCCACCGUACCUGCUGCAGAUUCCGUCCCUAGAGAUGAGAACUUUCACUACAUGUUCAGCACCCAGUUUGAGGCCUGCGAUGCUCGUCGUGCUUUCCCUUGCUUCGAUGAGCCUCGCCUGAAGUCUACUUUUGACUUCCAAAUCGAAAUUCCGGAGGAUCAGGUUGCUUUGUCGAACAUGCCCGUCAAGGAUAUUUCCAAGUCUAGAGAUGGCUUCGUGAAUGUUUCUUUUGAGCGGACUCCCAUUAUGAGUACCUACCUCUUGGCUUGGGCCGUAGGCGACUUUGAGUAUGUCGAAGCUCAUACCGAAAGGCGAUACAAUGGAAAGCAGAUCCCUGUACGUGUCUAUACUACCCGAGGCCUGAAGGAACAAGGCCGCUUUGCCCUAGAGCAUGCCCCCAAAACCAUUGACCUAUUCUCCGACAGCUUUGGCAUUGAGUACCCACUUCCAAAGUCUGACUUAUUGGCCGUCCACGAGUUCACCCACGGAGCCAUGGAGAACUGGGGUUUGGUGACCUACCGCACGACAGCAGUCCUAUUUGACGAGAAGACAUCGGAUGCCCGGUACAAGAACCGUGUCGCAUAUGUCGUAGCUCACGAACUAGCUCACCAGUGGUUUGGAAACCUUGUCACCAUGGACUGGUGGGACGAACUCUGGUUGAACGAAUCAUUUGCCACCUGGGCUGGCUGGUACGCUGUGAACGAGUUUCAUCCUGACUGGCAAGUCUGGGCCCAGUUUGUGAACGAGGGAAUGGAGAUGGCGUUCAAACUUGACGGAAUGCGUGCCUCGCACCCUGUUCAUGUUCCCGUCAAGGAUGCUUUGGACGUGAACCAAAUCUUUGACCACAUUAGCUACCUCAAAGGGUGCUCUACCCUGCGAAUGCUGGUCAACCACCUGGGAGAGAAGACUUUCCUUCAAGGAGUAGGUGCUUAUCUACGGAAGCACGCCUAUGGCAACGCCAAGACCGAAUAUCUUUGGGAGGCAUUAACCGAGGCAUCUGGGACUGAUGUGAAUGGUUUAAUGAACAACUGGAUAGAAAAGAUUGGCCAUCCGUUAUUGACCGUCACCGAGGACGAGCCCGGGAAGAUCUCAAUUAAACAGAGCCGGUAUCUAUCAACUGGUGAUGUGAAACCAGAAGAGGAUGAGACUGUAUGGUGGGUUCCGCUCUCCCUACAGGGCAAAGUCGGACAGCAAGAUAUUCAAAGGCUAGCUCUCACGGAAAAGAGCACGACGAUUAGCGACAUCGACAACGACUUCUACAAGAUCAACAGCAACGCCACUGGCUUCUACCGAACAAAGUAUACUCAGGAUCGUCUGCAAAAGCUCCGCACGCAACUUGACCGUUUAAGCAACGAAGACAAGAUAUCCAUCAUCGGCUCCGCAGCCGACUUGGCCUUCUCUGGUUACGGUAACACCCAUGCUCUCCUCUCUUUCCUCGAAGGGUUUGGAGGUGAAACCAACCAACUUGUGUGGUCCCAAGUUCUUGAUUCCUUAGGCUUGGUGAAGACCAUCUUUGGCGAUGAUGAGGCAAUUCGGCUCGGCCUGGAGAAGUUUAUCUUGAAGCUUGUCAGUGAUGCAGUAGAAAAGCUUGGUUGGGAGUUUAGCGAGAAAGAGGACUAUCUCACAGGCUUGCUGCGGAAGAGACUUUUACUCAGCGCCGCAGGAAAUGGACAUGCCGAGGUAAUCAAGAAGGCCACGUCGUUGUUUGACGACUGGGUCGAUAACGGAACCCCCAUACAUCCAAACUUGCGAACCGUGGUCUACCGCACCGCCAUCAAGACCAACCCUGAAAAGGCCGUCAAGAUCCUAAAGAAAGAAUGGUAUAACGGGACAUCCAUCGAUGGAAAGGAGGUCUGCCUAUCCUCGCUGGGCCACGUCCGCGACCCUGAGAUCAUCACCAAGAACCUUCUACCCUUCAACUGUGACCUGUCCCCGCCCGCACCCCCCUCGGAAUCUGUCCCCUCAGGCGACAUGCACUCCCUUGGCAGCGUACUGGCAACCAACACUGUUGCGCGUCCCCUUCAGUGGCAGUACAUCCGCGACAACUGGCAGCAGCUAACGACCAAGAUGGCGAACCCCGUCGUCCUAGACCGCUUCGUCAAGCUUACGCUGCAGAAGUUCACCGACGCCAAGUACAUUGACGAGAUUGACACUUUCUUCCAGGACAAGGACACGAGUGCCUUCGAUCGCACGCUUGAGCAGGUUAAGGAUGCUAUCCGUGGCCGCGCUGCUUACCGCAAGAGGGAGGCCGAGUCCCUUAAGGAGUGGCUAGGCGCUAACGGCUAUCUAACGACAAGUUCUUAGAGUGAAAAACGGCACGAACAUAUUGGCAUACCUCCAUAUGUAAAUACUAGGACUCCUAUUAUCCAGUUAUAGGGGAAAGCCAUGGAGCAUAUAUAGUCAGCUUAGCUUAGCUUAGCUGCCGUAUAACAAGCAGAUGACAUAAGUGAAUAGAAAAAUCAAAACAAAAACAAGCUUUCAAUCAAGUCAAGUCUACCAAGUGCCUAGUAAUCAAGUAUAGGUAUUGAUCUGUG